AUGGAUCGAUAUUUUAAGAUACUUUCUCCUAGUGUUGCUGAUUCAUCUUCGUCAGUUAAUGGACCUACACUUCUUCAACCUCAAGAGUCAUUGAAUGAAGAUAAACUUGAAGCUGAUCCAGAAAAUAUUCCAAGUGAUCCAGGGAAACGACCUGAUAUAAUGAGAUAUCCGUCAAACUCAAUAGAACGGGUGCGUAGAGCUUACUUAAUUAAAGGUCCAUGUCAACCGCGCCAACAUGAUUUUCCUCCAAGAAUUGAUGGAAUGCGACAACGUAAAUUUGUCGCGCAUUGGUUUGAUGAAUUCAAAGAUUGGUUGGAGUAUAGUAUUACAAAGGAUGCAGCAUAUUGUUUAUAUUGUUAUCUCUUCUCUAGACUCGAUGGAAAUGGACGGGACGCUUUUGUAUCUGGAGGAUUUACAGCCUGGCGCAAGAAAGAAAGUUUGAGAGAUCAUGUCGGGGAUCAUACAAGUGAUCAUAAUAAGUGUAGAUUAGCAUGUCGAGACUUGAUGAAUCAAGCCCAACACAUCGAAGUGUGUAUAUCUAAACAAUCAACAAAAUCUAAGCUUGAGUAUCGUCGCAGAUUAGGUGCAACUGUUUUGUGUCUUCGCUAUCUUAUCAAGCAAGGAUUACCCUUGAAUCAAGGUAACUUUCUUGAGCUUUUGAAAGUUGUUGCUUCUUGCAGUGAAGAGGUAGAUAAUGUUGUACUCAAAAAUGCUCCUGCAAAUCUCAAACUGACAUUAUCGGAUAUUCAGAAAGACAUCAUUAAUGCAGCUUCUGUUGAGACAACAAAACUUAUUGUAGAUGAAAUAGGAGACAACUCUUUCUCCAUAUUAGUCGAUGAGUGCCGAGAUGUGUCCGUCAAAGAACAAAUGGGUGUUGCGGUACGAUAUGUGGAUAAGAAUGGAUGUCUCAAUGAACGUCUUCUUGGUAUUGUGCAUGUCAGUGAUACGGUUACAACCACACUUGAUAAGGCACUUGAUUCUUUGUUAUCGACUCAUGGUUUAAGUGUGUCAAGUUUGAGAGGUCAAGGAUAUGAUGGUGCAAGCAACAUGAGAGGAGAAUUCAAUGGGUUGAAAAGUUUGAUUCUCAAGAGAAAUCCUAGUGCUUAUUAUGUGCAUUGUUUUGCACAUCAGCUUCAACUCACAAUUGUUGCUGUUGCUAAAAAACAUACAAGUAUUGGGUCUUUUUUUAAUUUUGUCACCCGUUUGUGUAAUAUUGUUGGAAGUUCAUGUAAGCGCACAGAUGUGCUACAAGAUAGUCAAAGAGCGAAGGUUGUUGAAGGGAUUGCAAGUGAUGAAAUUAAUACCGGAAGAGGAUUAAAUCAAGAGAAGUCAUUGAUAUGA